AUGGAUACCAGCCACCGGUUCUACUCCGACGGUAAUGUCGGAGGCGUUAUCUUGGGAAUCAUCGUUAUAACGUUUUUGGUACUACGCAUUAGAGAAAGACUAUGGAAUCCAUCCAAAAUGCCUGUUUUCAAUGACCGAAAAUGGUUCGAGUUUGGUUAUGGCAACGCCAAAAAUCGAUACGUUGCUGAUCCAGAGGGAUUGAUACGACAUGGGCUUAAACAUGGCGGGGACGCGUUUUAUCUAUACACAGACGCCAAUUUCUGCUUGAUUCUGAGCCCGAAAUAUGCAGACAUGAUUCGAAACGACGACAGACUUGAUUUGGGCGAGUUCCUGGCUGACGACUUCCAUUUAGGAAUCCCGGGAUUUGAGCCAUUUUCAAACAUAGCCUUGAGCUCGAAGAUUAUACAGACUACUGUCAAAACGAAAUUGGCACGCCAGACUGCGAAUCUCGUCACUCCGCUUUCCAAGGAAGCCUCUAUAGCCUUGCAUAAUAACUGGGGAGAAGAAACCGCAGAGUGGCACCAAGCCAAACUGAAACGGUCCAUCAGUAAUUUUGUGGGCCAGCUCUCAUCUCGAGGAUUUCUCGGUGACGAAGACCUCUGUCGAGACUCAGCCUGGUUAGAUCUUGCAUUUGAUCUUUUGGAAGAGUCAUUCAUCGCGGCUCAUAUUUUGCGCCUGUGGCCCACGCCCUUGAGACGUCUGGCUCGCUGGCUCAUUCCAAGCUAUCGAAAGGCGAUGGUACUGUUGCAAGAAGCCACCAAAUACAUACAGCCCCUGCUGGAUAGAAAGAAUGGCUCUGCUUCUGUCAAGGGAGGAUCUCUUGAAAAGGAUGGUUCGCUUACCACAGCGCUUGACUGGCUAGAAGAUGCGAGCAAAGGCAGCGCAGAAAACAUGACUUCAUUGCUAUUUACGCUGUCUCUUGCUGCACUUGAUACAUCCACGGACCUGCUUUCAAAGGUUAUGUGUGACCUAUCUGAACAUCCAAACCUGGUGGAUGAUCUCCGAAGGGAGAUCAUUGAGGUGCUGGGAAAAGAGAAAAUGACUCGAUCAUCCCUACAAAGACUAUUUCUCUUGGAUAGUGUAAUGAAGGAAAGUCAAAGAAUCAGGCCACUGGGCUUAGUCGGCAUGCUGCGACGUGCAAAAGAGAAAGUAGUUUUACCCGACGGACUGAUCAUCCCGAAGGCAACACCGGUAAUGGUCUCAACCUUGCAUAUGAUGGACUCGACAGUGUGGGCGGAUGGGGAUAAAUACGACGGCUAUCGAUUCUUUAACUUACGCAAAGAGGCAAACGACUCCUUGUCAAGUCGCUAUCAAUUUACUACGACAAGUCCAGAUCAUUUGGGCUUCGGACACGGGAGACAGGCGUGUCCUGGAAGGCACUAUGCUGCCACCUUUGGUAAAAUCAUCUUAUGCCAUAUCAUAAUGAAGUACGACUUCAAUGUGUUAUUACCGGAGGAAGGGGUGAUUGAGCUGCGUGGGCAUAACAUGCUACCAAGCCCAAAGAUCAAGAUCAACAUUAGACGACGGAAGGAAGAGAUUUCUUUUGAAUGA